UUUUUUUUUUUAAUUUUCUCAGUAACACCUUUUCCCCUUCUUCGUUCUCCCCCCCUUUUUUUUUAUAUAUUUUUUUACUAUAGCAACUACUGUCGACUCCAUAGUUACAGCAUACUAAAAAAAAAAAGAAAGCUCACCUCUUUUUUUUUUCGUUUUCUGAAAAAAAAAAAAUCCGACUUUGCACACAUACACAUACACACACACACACAUAUAUAUAUACUUUAUCAAAUGGACCCACAAACAUGUACUAUUAUUCUGUUCAACCAAACGAAUCCCUUUUUAUUACAAGAUAACGAAAAUGACUCUACAUUACAAUUAUUAGAGUCAACUUUUGGACACGUUCAUAAAGAAUCAAAUAUAGAUGCUUGUCUCAACUAUGUCAAAUUACUACCUUCUUCUUCAACUAUUCUACUCAUCGAAUUAGAUGAAGCACUGAUGCCACAUAAUCAGAUCGAGAUGAUUAGUCAAACAGUCGAUAUGAUGCCAGAGACAGUACCUGUGAUUGUAUGUUCAACAAACCAAGACACACAGUUUAUGCUAGACUGUAUACAAGCAGGAGCAGCCGAUUAUUUACUACGACCACUUAGACCUGAUGUGAUUAAAACACUAUUUUUGACAUUACAUCGUCGAUUAUCUCCACUAUAUCAAGAUCAUCUCUUAUCGUCAACUACCAUUAGCAGUACAGUAACUUCUAUCAUGACGCCUAUUACAUCUAUUCCACCCUCUUCUACAAAAGAUACAUCGGCUUAUUUACCGGAUAGAGUUCAAGAUCGAAUAAAGGCACUUUAUACAAAAGAUCAAAAUUUUACCAAAGCCGUGAUAGAUACCUAUCUUCCCUUUAACAAUCCUAUUCGUACUCGUAAAGAAUUAUCAAGUGAGCAUAAACAAAGACUAGAAAAGAAAGUGUCUGUUUGGGACUUUUCUCCAUUGAAUGUGUCACACGAAGAUCUUAUUCAUUGUUCUGUUAUUAUUAUUUCCCAAGUCUUUUCAUUGUCUGAAGUGACGCUGUUUACAACAGAUCAAUUAUAUGACUUUAUUACUGAUCUAUCAAGCAUUUAUCAUAAUGAAAACCCGUAUCAUAAUUUUGCUCAUGCAGUCGAUGUUCUGCAAUGUAUAUAUUACUUUCUGUGUCAAAUGGGCUUGGUCCCACUUGCUGAUGGCACACCUAAUCUAUCUCGUACAAAAUCAUUCCAUAUCCUAAGACCAAGAGACAUUUUUGCUCUUUUUAUUGCUGCUAUUGGUCAUGAUACAGCUCAUCCUGGUGUGAAUAACGCAUUUCUUAUCAAUACCAGUGCUCCUCUUGCUUUGUUAUACAAUGACAACUCAGUGCUUGAGAGUUUUCAUGCCAUGACUUUGUUUCAAUUACUAAAGAAACACAAGUUUGACCAAGUGCUAGGGGGACAAGAUUCUGUUGAAUAUACAGAAUUUCGAAAAUUAGUGAUCACCACUAUUUUAGCAACAGAUAUGGCGUUACACAGCGAUUAUGUAACGAGAAUCAAGGAACAAAAAGAACGAUUGGUAGAUAGUGAUCCAAGUGAUUGGGACGCAGCUCGGUGUCUUGAAGAAAGAUUGUUGUUCUGCAGUGGUCUGAUUAAAUGUGCUGAUAUCAGUAAUGUGGCUCGUCCAUUUCCAAGGACAUAUGAAUGGGCACAAAUCUUGGUAGAAGAAUUUGCUUCUCAAGGUGAUCUUGAACGCGAGCUUGGUAUGGAUGUCUUGCCCAUGAACGAUCGCUCUCAAAUCGUCUUGGAAGAUUCACAGAUUGGUUUUAUUCGAUUUGUAGCUUUAGGCUUAUUUGAGAGUGUCAGUGAUUACAUGCAAGAACUCUCAUUUCCAGUAAAAUAUAUUGAACAAAACUUGUCCAUAUGGCAAGAUAGAAAACAAGAACACAUUGAAUCCAAUCAUCAUACACUUGUUCAUGAUCGACGACAUAAUGAAAAUACACAGUCAACCACCACCACAGUUGUCGGCAGUAGCUAUCAAAAAGAAGACACAGAUUCUCAUAGUGAUAGUACAGCAACUUCAGCAUCAGAAGAUAACAGUGACUAUCAUACACAGGCUGUGGAUGCUAUUGGAAGCAAACCUGAUUAUAAUUUACCAAAGAUGCCUGCUGUAGCCAUGACAAGUCUAUCUCAUCCCAACAAUGUGUAUCCUACAAAAGAAAGUCCUGACUUUGAUCAUGUUAGUGAAUGGGAACAUCGUGAAAGUUCAGGGCCUGUGUACUGUCAAUGCACCAUUCAAUAAUAUUAUAUAGAUUGUAUAUUUAGAAGUAACAAAAAACUGUUAUAAUAUCCCCCCCCUUUUCCCUUUUCUUCUCUCUCUUACUCUUUUCCUUUUUCAUUUGUUCAUCCUAUUCACUUCCCUUCUCUCAAACUUUAUGAUUAUAUGUGUGUAUAGAAUAUAUUUCUUUUAUCUUAAAUAAUAUAUAUAUAAAUUUUGUAAAA